AACCUCUGCGGAGGCCACGACUCAGGCGCCGCAGCAGGGGGCCGCCUCCAUGGUGCGGGGCAGCCGCUGCUGAAGUCAGCGAAACCGAGCCUGGCCUGGAGCUGGCCGCGCGGAAGGCCAAGGCCAUGGCCAUAGCCACGUCGGCCCAGCUGGCCCGGGCACUGUACGACAACACCGCCGAGUCCCCCCAGGAACUGUCCUUCCGCCGAGGGGACGUUCUACGGGUGCUGCAGAGGGAAGGCGCUGGUGGGCUGGACGGCUGGUGCCUCUGCUCCCUGCACGGCCAGCAGGGCAUUGUGCCUGCCAACAGAGUGAAGCUCCUUCCCAAUGGCCCGGCGCCCAAGCCUGGCCUCUCCCAGGUGCCGCCAGCCCAGCCUGGCUCACCACAUCCGGCCCCAGAGCACGGCAAUGAGGACCAGGAGGUGUAUGUGGUACCACCUCCAGCUCGGCCCUGUCCUACCUCGGGACCUCUGGCUGCACCCUGUCCGCCCUCCCCUGAUCCCAUCUACAAGGUCCCCAGAGGCAGUGGGACCCAACAGGCUGCCCCUGGAGAUGCCCUGGAGGUCUAUGACGUACCCCCCACUGCCCUCCGAGUUCCCUCCAACGGCCCCUAUGACUCCCCGGCCUCCUUCUCCCGCCCUCUGGCCUGGGUUGUCCCCCAGUCCCCUGGAGAAGAUGAAGCUCCCUAUGACGUGCCUCUGGCCCCGAAGCCACAGUCAGACCUGGAGCCAGAUCUGGACUGGGAGGGGGGCCGAGAGCCAGGGCCCCCCCUCUACGCUGCCCCCUCCAACCUGAAACGAGCAUCCGCCCUGCUCAAUCUGUACGAAGCACCGGAGGAACUGCUGGCAGACGGGGAAAGCGGGGGCACUGACGAGGGCAUCUACGACGUCCCCCUGCUGGGGCCGGAGACACCCCCUUCUCCAGAGCCCCUGGCAGCCUCGGCUUCCAAUGACCUAGACGCCCUGGCCCUGCUUCUGGCCAGAAGCCCCCCACCCGCACACAGGCCCCGCUUGCCUUCAGCUGAGAGCCUGUCCCGCCGCCCUCUGCCGGCCCUGCCUGUCCCGGAGGCCCCCAGCCCUUCCCCGGCUCCCUCUCCUGCUCCAGGCCGGAAGGGCAGCAUCCAGGACCGGCCUCUGCCCCCACCCCCACCCCGCCUGCCAGGCUACGGGGGCCCCAAGGUCGAGGGGGAUCCAGAGAUCGGGGAGGUGGAGGACCAUCAAGAAGGACACCACAAUGAGUACGAGGGCAUCCCGAUGGCCGAGGAGUAUGACUACGUCCACCUGAAGGGCAUGGAUAAAGCUCAGGGAGCCAGGCCCCGGGAUAAGGCCUCCCCAGGGGAUCCUGAACUGCUGGAGAGGGGGCCACCAGAGCAGCAGGAGGCCCCGUCCCCAGGGGAGCCACUGGUUCUUCCCGCCGGAGAUCUACAGCUCCUGCACUUCUACGCCGGGCAGUGCCAGGGCCACUACUCAACACUGCAGGCAGCCGUGGCGGCCCUGAUGUCCAGCACCCGGGCCAACCAGCCCCCGCGCCUCUUCGUGCCCCACGGCAAGCAGAAAGAAUUUCAAGAGAUCGGCCUGGAAUUAGAGUCAGAGGUCUCUGUGCAAGUUUCCAUGUACCUAUAUGUCUGCAGACCCAGGGAACGGAGACAGAGCCCCAUCCUCUCCCUCCGCUGGGCCCUGGCCCCCCUUCCUCUCUCUGACGAAGAGUCUGGACCGAAGGUUCUGCUGACGUGGGAAGGGGAGGAGAGUCUGGAGGAAGGGGAGGGGAAAGCAGCGCAGAGAUCGCAGAGACGAAGGAGGCGCCCGCGGCUUCAGAGCAGGGUCUCUCCGGCUUCUGUGUCCGGGCACCGGGCGCGCCACUGGGCCAGAGGGCUGUGCAUCCUUUCGGUGCGGGCCGCCUGGGCCCCUGCGGUCGGCAAGCUGGCUCCCCGGGUGGCCACCGGGACCCCCGAGCCCAAUGGCGGGGGCGGCAGCAAAAUCGACAGCACUGUAGAGAUCACCCCCAGCCCCAAUGGAGUCGGGACCCUCGGAGAUGCGGUGCCCACGGAGCAGCUGCAGGGUGAGCGGGAGCGCGAACGCGAGCGGGAUGGGGAGGGCGACGCGGGUGGCGACGGGAUGGGCAGCAGCCUGUCGCUGGCCGUGCCCCCCGGCCCCCUCAGCUUCGAGGCGCUGCUCGCCCAGGUGGGGGCGCUGGGCGGCGGCCAGCAGCUGCAGCUCGGCCUCUGCUGCCUGCCCGUGCUCUUUGUGGCGCUGGGCAUGGCCUCGGACCCCAUCUUCACGCUGGCGCCCCCGCUGCAUUGCCACUACGGGGCCUUCGCCCCCAACGCCUCUGGCUGGGAGCAGCCCCCCAACGCCAGCGGCGUCAGCGUCGCCAGCGCCGCCCUAGCAGCCAGCGCCGCCAGCCGCAUCGCCACCAGUACGGACCCCUCGUGCAGCGGCUUCGCCCCGCCGGACUUCAACCACUGCCUCAAGGACUGGGACUAUAACGGCCUCCCCGUGCUCACCACCAACGCCAUCGGCCAGUGGGAUCUGGUGUGUGACCUGGGCUGGCAGGUGAUCCUGGAGCAGAUCCUCUUCAUCUUGGGCUUUGCCUCUGGCUACCUGUUCCUGGGCUACCCGGCAGACAGGUUUGGCCGUCGUGGGAUUGUGUUGCUGACCUUGGGACUGGUGGGCCCCUGUGGAGUGGGAGGGGCUGCUGCAGGCUCCUCCACAGGUGUCAUGGCACUCCGAUUCCUCCUGGGCUUUCUGCUUGCCGGCGUUGACCUUGGUGUCUACCUGAUGCGCCUGGAGCUGUGCGACCCAACCCAGAGGCUUCGGGUGGCCCUGGCAGGGGAGUUGGUGGGGGUAGGGGGGCACUUCCUGUUCCUGGGCCUGGCCCUUGUCUCUAAGGACUGGCGAUUUCUGCAGCGAAUGAUCACCGCUCCCUGCAUCCUCUUCCUGUUUUAUGGCUGGCCUGGUCUGUUUCUGGAGUCUGCACGGUGGCUGAUAGUGAAGCGACAGAUUGAGGAGGCCCAGUCUGUGCUGAGGAUACUGGCUGAGCGGAACCGGCCCCACGGGCAGAUGCUGGGAGAGGAGGCCCAGGAGGCCCUGCAGGACCUGGAGAACACCUGCCCUCUCCCUGCAACAUCCUCCUUUUCCUUCGCUUCCCUCCUCAACUACCGCAACAUCUGGAAAAAUCUACUUAUCCUGGGAUUCACCAACUUUAUUGCCCACGCCAUUCGUCACUGCUACCAGCCUGUGGGAGGAGGAGGGAGCCCAUCGGACUUCUACCUGUGCUCCUUGCUGGCCAGCGGCACAGCUGCCCUGGCCUGCGUCUUCCUGGGGGUCACCGUGGACCGAUUUGGCCGCCGGGGCAUCCUGCUUCUCUCGAUGACCCUCACUGGCAUUGCGUCCCUGGUCCUGCUGGGCCUGUGGGAUUGUGAGCAUCCUCCCUUCCCCACGGUGUGGGCUCAGCAAAGGAACCCCAGCAGAGAUCUGAACGAGGCUGCCAUCACCACCUUCUCCGUCCUUGGCCUCUUCUCCUCCCAAGCUGCUGGCAUCCUCAGCACGCUCCUUGCUGCUGAAGUCAUCCCUACCACUGUCCGGGGCCGAGGCCUGGGCCUGAUCAUGGCACUGGGGGCACUUGGCGGGCUGAGUGGCCCAGCCCAGCGCCUCCACAUGGGCCACGGAGCUUUCCUGCAGCACGUGGUGCUGGCAGCCUGUGCUCUCCUCUGCAUCCUCAGCAUCAUGCUUCUGCCGGAAACCAAACGCAAGCUCCUGCCCGAGGUGCUCCGGGAUGGGGAGCUGUGCCGCCGGCCCUCCCUGCUGCGGCAGCCACCCCCUAACCGCUGUGACCACGUUCCACUGCUUGCCACCCCCAAUCCUGCCCUCUGAGCGACCUUCGAGCACCCUGGCAGGAGGCUGGCCCAUACAGAAAGGUGGCACAAGGCCCUGGCAAGGAGAGCGGGAGGACUGAAUGAGGAAGGCAGGGCUACCCUGAAGCCUCAGAGGCAUCUCACGCCAGUCACCAUGGAGAGCUCAGAGGGCUGCCCUCAACCCCAUCUCCUCCUUGCUGCUUUGUGUUCACUUCCUUGGCAAGAGUCAGGGGACAGGGAGGGAGCUCCACACUGUAUCCACCAGGUCUGGGCUCCAUCCUAUGCCCAAAGACAUCCUCCCAGACCUCAUUCUUUCUUGCUCUAUCAUUCUGUUUCAAUAAAGACAUUUUGAAUAAAUGAGCAUACCAUA